AUAACAGCCGAAGAUUGUGAAUGGUACAGAGAACAUUUUCCUGACGUCGGUGUGUACUUGGUUUCACAGAUGUGAACAGCAACUCAUCACGAUCAGGGAUCGUCACUCUUCGAUCUUCCAGUUCUCUUUGUUCUCGCUCUGCCUGGGUCGCCUUUAUGGUGGUGGAGGAGAAUAACGGAGCUAAACAGAUCAACCUUCUAAAUGAACGUAACAGCCAGCUCGAGGCGAUGUAUUUUGAGGCUAGACCAGCAACUCCCGACACAGCGGUUAAUGUUCAGCCAGGAAUACGCAGCGGCCAAAGCAAGUCAGUAACUGAGCCGGCUGAGGGAACUAAGUAUUUGGCGAAUUUAGAGCUGCAGACGUCGGUUGCACUGAAGCUCCGCAUCAUAGAGUUGAAGCGGAAGUGCCACCGACCCUGGCAACCUGUGCCAAUGCCUCGCAAUCAAAAAAGUAUGCCGACAGGCAUGGUGGCGGCAACGGCUGCGGAAGUGGCGACAAUGAUGACUACGCCAUAACCUCUGCCGACGAUUGCUGUCUAGUGUCGUACAUGCUGUGAACGGCUGACCUCUUUCCCCUCAUUCAUUGUUCCGCUCAACUUUCCCUACCGCCCCCCCCCCCCCCCCCUGCUGAUUAGUCGUUGAUCAGCUGUUUCCCCUUUGCCGUUCAACAUUUCUCUGUCACCUUUUCCCCCCGCUUGCCUUUCCCUCCUUUGGUGGAUUGAAUCUACUCACUUGCUGAUUAAUCUGCUCUUGCUUUUGAUGUCUGAGACUCACUCUCUUUACCUGUCCCUCUCUCUCUCUCCGUCUCUCUUUCUCUCUCUCUCCCUCUCUCUCUCUCUCUCUCUCUCUCUCUCUCUCUCUCUCUCUCUCUCUCUCUCUCUCUCUCUCUCUCUCUCUCUCUCUCUCUCUCUCUCUCUCUCUCUCUCUCUCUCUCUCUCUCUCUCUCUCUCUCUCUCUCUCUCUCUCUCUCUCUCUCUCUCUCUCUCUCUCUCUCUCUCUCUCUCUCUCUCUCUCUCUCUCUCUCUCUAUCUAUCUAUCUCUCUCUCCCUCUCUCUCGCGCGCUCUCUCUCUCUCUCUCUCUCUCUCUCUCUCUCCAUGAUGAUGAUGAUGAUGAUGAUGAUGAUGAUCAUCAUCAUCAUCUGCGUUGCCGAAAAAAUAAUAAUAGUAAAAUUAAAAAAAAAUAAUAAUAAACGGCAUUAUGCAGCUGUGUAAGCAGCAUAACAUAACAUACAUAUUUAAAUGUACAAUGCUAUAAUCGGUGGUCCUUUGGCGGGUGGAUAUCCGCACAAAUGGUGUUCACACAUACCCUCUAUCCUGAUGACAGUGAUGAAGCUAACAGGCAGUGGUGUGUGGUCUCUAAGCGUUCAGAGUGUUCUCUUUCCUAUCCCCACUGGAAAUCGCGCGUGUGUGUGUGUGUGCGUGUGCGGGCGCCUCAUGUGCAAUCGUCCCUGGCCGGCUGUUCCAAAGCCUAGAGUGUUCAUUGGCGGCUGUGGCAGGGACUUCCGUCGGCCCAACGAUCUAACUCGCCACAGGAAAUACUGCAACUCCUGAUGCUAUCAUUGCACGGAGCAAUGGGCAUCCAAAGGUCCAAAGGUGUGAGCGUUAGUGUGAGUGUUACUAUUUCGAGUGCCUGUGCCUCAAGGACGGUAUACUUUAUUGCGUUGCAGGUUCAUUCCACCUAGUGAUUUCAUGUUUAUUACAGGUCCAUCUCUCUGGUUUUCCCUCUAUCCUUUAUGAUGGAUACUGGCCGACAAUUUGAUUGA